AUGGAACAAGGAAUGGAAAGACGUCAAUUCAAAUUGGCCCGAGUACAGGCCUGUCAGCCAGGUGCUAGCAGGCUCAGAGGGAAUUGGGCAGGACCUGGCCAUGAAUGGUGGUGUGAGGAGUGGGCAAAGAGCAUGUCAAGGCUUGAACAAAGACCAAUAUAUGCGUGGGAAGUAAUGGAAAUGGUGAAAAACUUGAAAGACGGCGAAGGAUUGAGAAUUGCGGCACCACCAAGGGAACAGGCCAAAGUAGGGAACAAGCAGCCAGCAGAUAGCAGGCCCAGAGAGAAUUGGGCAGGCCCUGGCCAUGAAUGGUGGUCUGAGGAGUGGGCAAAGAGCAUGUCAAGGCUUGAACAAAGACCAAUACAUGCGUGGAAAGUAAAAGAGAGGGUGAAAAACUUAAAAGACGGCGAAGUGUUGAGAAUUGCGGCACCACCUAGGGAACAGGCCAAAGGAGUGAACGGGCGCGCACAAGGCUGUCAGCCAGCAGAUGGCAGGCCCACAGGAAAAUGGACAGGACAUGACCGUGAAUGGUGGUUUGAGGGUUGGCCAAAGAGCUGGUUAGAACCUGAACAAAGUUCUAACCAGCUAUUUGAGGAUUGUCAGCCAGCAGAUGGCAGGCCCACAGGAAAAUGGACAGGACAUGACCGUGAAUGGUGGUUUGAGGGUUGGCCAAAGAGCUGGUUAGAACCUGAACAAAGUUCUAACCAGCUAUUUGAGGAUUGUCAGCCAGCAGAUGGCAGGCCCACAGGAAAAUGGACAGGACAUGACCGUGAAUGGUGGUUUGAGGGUUGGCCAAAGAGCUGGUUAGAACCUGAACAAAGUUCUAACCAGCUAUUUGAGGAUUGUCAGCCAGCAGAUAGCAGGCCCACAGGGAAAUGGACAGGACAUGACCGUGAAUGGUGGUUUGAGGGUUGGCCAAAGAGCUGGUUAGAACCUGAACAAAGUUCUAACCAGAUAUUUGAGGAUUGUCAGCCAGCAGAUAGCAGGCCCACAGGGAAAUGGACAGGACAUGACCGUGAAUGGUGGUUUGAGGGUUGGCCAAAGAGCUGGUUAGAACCUGAACAAAGUUCUAACCAGCUAUUUGAGGAUUGUCAGCCAGCAGAUAGCAGGCCCACAGGGAAAUGGACAGGACAUGACCGUGAAUGGUGGUUUGAGGGUUGGCCAAAGAGCUGGUUAGAACCUGAACAAAGUUCUAACCAGCUAUUUGAGGAUUAG